AUGAGCGCAAUGACGACUCGCAAUACCAAAUGGCUGGACGGCCUCCGGGGUAUCGCGGCUGCCAUCGUCGCUUUCGACCGGCUCUUCAUGGGCGACCUCGACUUCCCCUUCCGCUCCUUCUGGGCCGACCCGCCAACGAAGAAUCGCUUCUGGAUCCAGCUGCCACCCUUCAGGAUCAUCUUCGGUGCUCGUGCGAUGGUAACGCUGUUCUUCGUGGUUUCCGGCUAUGCGAUUUCCAUCAAUCUUGUGCGUGCGCGGCAUCGCCGGCCGCAGGCAUUUCUCAGCGAGGUUGCUUCGUCAACUACACGACGCUUAUUCCGCCUCUACCUGCCCGUGCUGAUGGUCGUAUGCCUCUCGCAGUUCCUCUUUUUCAUUGGCCUAUAUCAUUCGACGACCUUUGUGCACAACGAGUACGUUGGGCAAUCACACGCCAAACAUAGCAGCAACAAACUGCAGCCCUGGUCCGCACCAUGGGCCCAUCUACAGUACCUGGUUCGGUACAUGGUGGAUAUCGUGAACCCGUUUGUGGUUUUUGAAUAUAAAAAUACCAGACAUCUCGAUUUGAAUGAGCAAUUAUGGACGAUGCCGAUCGAGUUCCGGGGCUCGUGCUUGGUCUAUUUUCUUGUGGUUGCUAUGGCACCAUGGAGGGCACAAAGAAGGUCACUGGCUCUCGCGGCUUUGUCGCUGUAUUUCCUCUGGUAUGGGAUGUGGGAUAUUGCGACGUUCAUCGCAGGCCUGUGGCUAGCCGAGCUCAAGGUCGCUGAAGAGGGCGAACAGCAACACUACUUGCAGACAGACGACGAUUCAGAUGAAGAGAUUGGAAAUUCGCUGCUGCAGCAACCAUCUUCAAAUUUGUCACCAUUGCCAUCUUUGCCGUCGUCGUCGUCGUCGUCUUCCUCGUCAUCGGCAUGGAGCGGAAAUCUAAACGCUGACGGUAAAAAGACGCGAUCAAUAGUGUCACCUCUGUCUAUCAUAAAUCUACUCGUCUUUGCUCUCGGUAUUCAUCUGCUCUGUCUAGGGGAUGAGGGCAUUUUGACGCGGGGCUACCGCGGUCUACUACUUAUCCAACCCUCGAGCUGGGACAAGCGAGACGUGGUGCAUUUCAGCUGGAAAUCUGUCGGCGCCGUAAUGACCGUUUACGCGAUCAGCAGCUCGCCGAGACGGCUUUUGCAACGGCCGCUCGAAUCAUCGCGCGUGAUUCAAUACAUGGGACGCAUCUCAUUCUCGUUGUAUUUGGUUCAGCAGAUCGUAUACAACCUCUGGCGCGACCCCGUUAAGAAUUGGAUAUGGAAGGAUUUGGCCGGAUAUGCAUAUCCCGGCGGACAUCUGGCAGACAGAGAACCGUUUGCUCGCGCGGUGAUGUGGAUUGGCUCGAUAAUGAUCCUAGGGCCGGUGUUGGUGUUUUUGGCAGAUGCCUUUAUGAGAUAUGUCGAUGUGCCUUGUAUGGCGCUGGCGAGGAAGGUUGAACGGUGGCUGACGUGA